AUGGCAGAAAGCAACCUCCCAACAACGGGAAAAGAACUGGAAGUGAAAAAUGAGUUUCCAGCUACAGGUGAGAAAAUGCAACAGGGAAAGACUUAGUUAUAGUGAUUUUGUACUGUUUGUUAAUUAAGUAUAUCUUAAUUCUGGUGUACUAUUUAUUAGACCACUUCGACUGGAAGGUUCUAGGAAUCCACUAAAUACACUAGUAUUAGAACGCUAGUUGUAAUGGCACGUAGUUGUGAUCACUAACAAAGUUGAAAUAUCUUCUUAGUAAUUUCAGCAACAGAGGAAAGUCAAGUUACGUCAAGUUACGCUGAACUGGAUGUAUACAAUGACACUUUAAGAGGUGAGAAAACCAGGUGAAAUAAGAUUGUUUGAAAGACGCCCCAGUAAAUAUUUUGUCACAUUUACAUCAAAAUUUGUGCAUGUUCUGUGAAUAAGUUUUUGAACCAGUAAAAGAUUGUUUCUUCAAAUUCAAACUCUGUUACCAGUAAAAUGAGAACCAAAGGAAAAAACAAUUUAUUGCUCGAUCCUAUCAAGUAAAAUGCAUAGACAUCAUUAAUUAUUCAUAAGCAAGAAAGCGACAAAUUUGAAGGAGACUUAACUUUGAAGAGCCCUAAGUUUAAGAAGAAUGGGCCAAAAUUUGCCUAUAAAUCUUCUGAGUUUUAGAAGUGCUUACUUGUAAAUCAACGCACAAUGUUAUGGAGAUUAACGAUGUAUCUAAAAUUUACAUCUAAAAUGAACGAUAUUUGCACAGAAAAAGUAUUAUCCUUUUUGCACUUGAAAGUAUUCUAAAUUUGGUCAUUUUUAGUAUGAAAGUCAUUUUCGGUAAGAGAGAGCUGUUUCUACCCGUAGACCCGUCAAAGUCGAGUUUUAAAAAAUUUGCAAAGGGGUAACUUUUUGAGGCCGCCAAAAGGAAAGUAUUUACGCUAACACCUUCUUGUCCUUUACUGUUCAAUACAUGUUUGGUAGAAAUUUUACGCAAUUUGAGAAUUCUACAGAAAAGAGGAGACAUUUUGUCAUUUUAUCAGAACAUUAAAAAUUUUAACCUUUUUCGGUCCUUACUUUGCUUUGCUUUAUGCAUUUUUCUCAGCAACUUAUGGAGUUUUAUAAUCUAACUUGAUAUUUUGGAAAGCGUAACGCAGGUGUAAAAAAGGGUUUUUGGAAAGUCUCUCGACCUAAAAAAUGUAAACCGAACAGACUUGAUCUGGUAAUAGCCAAGCUACAGCCCAGACUCCCAACAGCUUAUACAUUUUACUUAAACAAGCUGUACAGGUAUUAAACUUUUCUUAAUCUUUUUUUCAUAACUUUAAGCUCCUGUAACCUAAAAGUUCGUUUGGAUGUAUAAAAUUGGCAUCAUCUGUCAAGGGUCGUUUCACUCAUUACUAAAUCAUUAACACUAAAACGUUGUGUUUUCAGAAAUAGUGAAAGUGUGUCUAGAGAAAGGUAAUGAAGAGUACAGACAAGGAGAAGCUAAUAACGCCAUAAACUCCUACACGGAAGGACUUCAAGUGAACUGCAAUGAUAAACGACUGAACGCCAAGCUUUACAGCAACAGGGCAACAGCUCAUUUCCGUUUGGGUAACAAUUUCAUAUGUAAACAUAUAAAUCUAUCGUGCAGCGUUACAAGGUAACGGAAUACACAAUCUGCAUCAAGGAAAGAAAAAACUUGAGCAACUGCAGAAAAGUAGCAUGAAAACAUAAAUUGCCAUAUAGCGGAUGAAAAUUAAGCAAAGAAAUGAUCCUCGUUACAUUUUAAGCAAUUGCAGUUUUUUAAGGCUCCUUUGCUGCAAUUGCAUAUGAUGACCACUUUUUUAAACCUCAUUUCCUGAAUGUCAUAGCAAACUACGUGGAAUGUCUGGAUGAUGCAACAGUUGCUGUUCAAUUGGAACCCAAUUUAAUCAAAGCUAUUAAGAAAGGUGGGUUUUCAGACAUAAGCCAUCAACAUUUCGUCAAAAGAGGAUUUUGUGGUUUGUGGCAGGUGACUGCACCCCAAGUGUCAAUUGUAUCUGGUGUGUCAAUGUCUGCUAUGUAGGUAAAAAACAUAAGGAAAUGUCAAUAAGCUCUCAAAUACCGCCAUCUGGUUAGUUCACGAUGUAGAGCGCCGAAGGUCGAGGGUUCAAGCACUAGACAAGAACAACACUCGAUCUAAAAAUAUCUGAGGAGAAUGUGCUGCCACCUAGCAAUGACAUCUGCAAAUGGUUUGAUAUUCUUGUCCCGGAUAUGGACGGAAAACCGUAACCCCCGUUUCCUGCAUCUUCUCUGUAACUCUUAGCAGGGGAAGUUAAAAAACCUGGCAAGGAGGCAACCUGAAAAGAUCCCUUUCAUAAGUUAUACUGCUCAAUGCAGUCUGCCCGAAAAGUGCUGAAAAGCGCAUAAGAGCACAUUAAAAUGAAGAACGCGCGAGAUAAAUUUAUCGUUAUCAUCAUCAAUUGAAGCUUAAUUGGUAGCCGCUUUGUAUAAGCUCCUUAUUGUUCAUUUUCAGUUCUUCCACAGGUUCAAAUUUCCUUCAUUAUCACAAUUUUUGUUCCCAGCUAAAUGAGAAAUUAAGUCCGUUUUAUCAAUACGUUCAUACCUCAACAGUGCAACAACAAUUACCUCGCUCCACCGAUUAUUCUCUCCUUUUCAGGAGCCAGAGCUUGUGUCGAAAUUUGCUGGUAUAAAGAAGCAAGGAGCUGGUUGUAUAUGGGAUUGGCCGUAUCCUUUAACAAAUGUUUCAAACGUGAUACGAGAUGCAUUGCGAGUAAUAUUCCAAGAGAAAUCAAUACGUUCUGGAGAGAUUCUUGGACACAUAACGCAAGCAAUGUUCUCUUAUACUGCACUGAGAAGUUUAAAGAAGCUAAAAUAUUCUUAAAGAGUUCUUUCGAUUAUUCCACAAAACUUUACUCAAAAGAAGAGGCCAUAUUAACUAAUUCUCUGAGUUUGAGCUGAAUACCCUCAUUUUUGUCUCCAGACCAGCACCACCAUGACGACCGAACCUAAACCAAUAAAUGCGCUUCAGAGCUAGUUAAAACUCUCCAUUAAAUUGAAAUCAAAUCUCUAAAAAAAAAAACCACAUUCGAAUUAUCAUUCCAGUUUUAAGGUUCUAUCUAAUACUCUCACGGUUUUUUUUAAAUACACAUUUUGACUGCAUUUUCGCAAACCCGCUCAUGAUUUAUCGACCCUUGACACGUUUCAAGAUUGAAAAUAACAACAAACAUCUGCUUCAAUUGCUAAGAAAAACUAAUGCUGAACUAAUAGUCACAGCAAACAGUUCUUCCAAUCUCGGCAACGCUUAUCAAAGCCUAGGACAGUUUAAAACAGCCAUCCAGUACCAUCAACGUCAUCUAGAAAUUGCUAAAGAAGUGGGAGACAAGACUGGAGAGGGAAGAGGUUAUGGAAAUCUCGGCAACGCUUAUGAAGGUCUAGGACAGUUCAAAACAGCCAUCCAGUACCAUCAACGUCAUCUAGAAAUUGCUAAAGAAGUGGGAGACAAGGCCGGAGAGGGAAGAGGUUAUGGCAAUGUCGGAAACGCUUAUCGAGGUCUACGACAGUUCAAAACAGCCAUCCAGUACAAUCAACGUCAUCUAGAAAUUGCUAAAGAAUUGGGAGACAAGGCCGUAGAGGGAAUCACUUAUGGCAAUCUCGGCAACGCUUAUAUAGGUCUACGACAGUUCAAAACAGCCAUCCAGUACCAUCAACGUGAUCUAAAAAUUGCUAAAGAAUUGGGAGACAAGGCCGGAGAGGGAGACACUUAUGGCAAUCUCGGCAACGCUUAUAAAGGUCUAGGACAGUUCAAAACAGCCAUCCAGUACCAUCAACGUCAUCUAGAAAUUGCUAAAGAAGUGGGAGACAAGGCCAGAGAGGGAAGAGGUUAUGGCAAUCUCGGAAACGCUUAUGAAGGUCUAGGACAGUUCAAAACAGCCAUCCAGUACCAUCAACGUCAUCUAGAAAUUGCUAAAGAAGUGGGAGACAACCAAGGCCGGAGAGGGCAAUCUCGGCAACGUUAUGGCAAUCUCGGACAGUUCAAAACAGCCAUCCAGUACCAUAUCAAGGUCUAGGAAAGAAGUUCUCGGCAAAACAGACAUCCAGUCCACCAUCAACGUCAUCUAGAAAUUGCUAAAGAAGUGGGAGACAAGGCCGGAGAGAGGAAGAAGUUAUGGCAAUCUCGGCAACGCUUAUCAAGGUCUAGGACAGUUCAAAACAGCCAUCCAGUACCAUCAACGUCAUCUAGAAAUUGCUAAAGAAGUGGGAGACAAGGCCGAGAGAGGGAUCAACGUCUAGGACAGUUAUGGCAAUCUCGGCAACGCUUAUCAAGGUCUAGGACAGUUCAAAACAGCCAUCCAGUACCAUCAACGUCAUCUAGAAAUUGCUAAAGAAACAAGGCCAUAGGGAGACAAGGCCGGUCUAGGACAGUUCAAAACAGCCAUCCAGUACCAUCAACGUCAUCUAGAAAUUGCUAAAGAAGUUAGACAAGGCAAUCUCGGCAACGCUUAUGAAGGUCUAGGACAGUUCAAAACAGCCAUCCAGUACCAUCAACGUCAUCUAGAAAUUGCUAAAGAAGUGGGAGACAAGGCCAGAGAGGAAAGAGGUUAUAGCAAUCUCGGCAACGCUUAUCAAGGUCUACGACAGUUCAAAAUAGCCAUCCAGUACUAUCAACGUGUUCUAGAAAUUGCUAAAGAAGUGGGAGACAAGGCCGGAGGGAAUCAGGAAUCUCGGCAACGUUAUCAAGGUCAACAGUUCUCGGUCAUCAAAAUUGCUUAAAGAAGUCAAGGUCUACGACAGUUCGAAACAGCCAUGCAGUACCAUCAACGUCAUCUAGAAAUUGCUAAAGAGGUGGGAGACAAGGCCGAAGAGAGAAGAGGUUAUGGUAAUUUCGGACACGCUUAUCAAGGUCUAGGACAGUUCAAAACAGCCAUCCAGUACUAUCAACGUCAUCUAGAAAUUGCUAAAGAGGUGGGAGACAAGGCCGAAGAGAGAAGAGGUUAUGGCAAUCUCGGACACGCUUAUAAAGGUCUAGGACAGUUCAAAACAGCCAUCCAGUACCAUCAACGUCAUCUAGAAAUUGCUAAAGAAGUGGGAGACAAGGCCAGAGAGGGAAUCAGUUAUGGCAAUCUCGGCAACGCUUAUGAAGGUCUAGGACAGUUCAAAACAGCCAUCCAGUACUAUCAACGUGUUCUAGAAAUUGCUAAAGAAGUGGGAGACAAGGUCGGAGAGGAAAGAGGUUAUAGCUAUCUCGGCAACGCUUAUCAAGGUCUACGACAGUUCAAAACAGCCAUCCAGUACCAUCAACGUGAUCUAGAAAUUUUUAAAGAAGUGGGAGACAAGGUUGGAGAGGGAAGAGGUUAUGGCAAUCUCGGCAACGCUUAUAUAGGUCUACGACAGUUCAAAACAGCCAUCCAGUACCAUCAACGUCAUCUAGAUAUUGCUAAAGAAAAGGGAGACAAGGCCGGAGAGGGAAUCAGUUAUAGCAAUCUCGGCAGCGCUUAUAUAGGUCUAGGACAGUUCAAAACAGCCAUCCAGUACCAUCAAUGUUAUCUAGAAAUUGCUAAAGAGGUGGGAGACAAGGCUGGAGAGGGAAGAGGUUAUGGCAAUCUGGGCAACGCUUAUGAAGGUCUAGGACAGUUCAAAACCGCCAUCCAGUACCAUCAACGUGAUCUAGAAAUUGCUAAAGAAUUGGGAGACAAGGCCGGAGAGGGAAGAGGUUAUUGCAAUCUCGGAAACGCUUAUCAAGGUCUAGCACAGUUCAUAAAAGCCAUCCAGUACUAUCAAUGUGCUCUAGAAAUUGCUAAAGAAGUGGGAGACAAGGCACGAGAGGGAAGAGUUUAUGGCGGUCUCGGCAACGUUUAUCGAGGUCUAGGACAGUUCAAAACAGCCAUCCAGUACCAUCAACGUCAUCUAGAAAUUGCUAAAGAGGUGGGAGAUAAGACUGGAGAGGGAAAAAGUUAUGGGAAUCUCGGCAACGCUUAUCAAUGUCUAGGAAAGUUCAAAACAGCCUUCCAGUACCAUCAACGUCAUCUAGAAAUUGCUAAAGAAGUGGGAGACAAAGCCGGAGAGGGAAAAAGUUAUGGCAAUCUAGGCAACACUUAUCAAUGUCUAGCACAGUUCAAAACAGCCAUCCAGUACCAUCAACGUGAUCUAGAAAUUGCUAAAGAAGUGGGAGACAAGGCCGGAGAGGGAAGAGGUUAUAACAAUCUCGGCAACGCUUAUGAAGGUCUACGACAGUUCAAAACAGCCAUCCAGUACCAUCAACAUGUUCUAGAAAUUGCUAAAGAAGUGGGAGACAAGGCCGGAGAGGGAGGAGGUUAUGGCAAUCUUGGCAACGCUUAUAAAGGUCUAAGACAGUUCAAAACAGCCAUCCAGUACUAUCAACGUCAUCUAGAAAUUGCUAAAGAAGUGGGAGACAAGGCCGGAGAGGGAAGAGGUUAUGCCAAUCUCGGCAACGCUUAUGGCAGUCUAGGACAGUUCAAAACAGCCAUCCAGUACCUUCAACGCCAUCUAGAAAUUGCUAAAGAAGUGGGAGAUAAGACCGGAGAGGCAUGCUCACUUUGUUCCCUUGGAGGCAGUUUCGAGUGCCAAGGAAAUCUUUUGAAGGCCUUUGACUGUUAUUACUCGAGUGUAGAAUUGCAUGAUGAUAUCAGGGCCAGCCUUGAACUCAACGAUCAGUGGAAGAUUUCUUAUCGUAAUCAGUACCAAGUAGCAUACAAAGGUUUCUGGCGUAUACAUCUCAAUCGAGGUCAAGUUGUGAAGGCUCUUCUUGCCACAGAGAAGGGACGUGCUCAAGCUCUGAGAGAUCUUAUGGUCACAAAAUAUCAGCCUGGAGAUUCUUUAACGCCCAGCGCAUCCCGCAUUUCUCUGAGGUGGGUUCCACUGAGCACAGUUUUCAUAGCUAUUAAUGGACCAUGCGUUUACCUCUGGGUUUGCCUCAGUGAAAAUAAUAUCCAGAUGAGAGAAGUACACGUGAACAAUUAUAAGUAUGAGAAGGAAUUGAAAUGUUUCAUCCAGCUUCUGAACAAAACUUCUCUGAAGGAGAUCGGUGUAAGAGAUACUGUUACAAUCGAAAAUCUUCCUCGUGAUUCGCCGACAGAAGAGGAAGUGGCCAAUGAUGUGAUUCGAGUUGAUGUGAGGCACUCCCAAUCAAGUGCUUUAAAGAAGCUGCAUGACAUCAUCAUUACUCCUAUUGCUGAUCUGAUCGAAGGCAACGAGCUAACAUUCGUUCCUGAGGGGCCAUUUUGCCUUGUACCUUACGCAGCGUUGCAGGACUCCAACUCAUCAUAUCUAAGUGAUUCUUUCAGAAUUCGUGUGCUUCCCUCUCUGACGACCUUGCAACUAAUUCAUGAUUGUCCAGCUGACUUUCACAUGAAGACUGGUGCAUUGCUUGUCGGCGACCCAUGUUUCAAACAUAUCAUCUAUGAGGGAACACUUUUGGUGCAACUUCCAGGAGCAAGGAAAGAAGUGGAGAUGAUCGGACGCACACUCAAUGUCUCCCCUCUAACUGGAGAAAUGGCAACAAAAGAUGAAGUGUUAAAACGAAUAACAUCAGUGGCUUUAAUUCACAUAGCAGCGCACGGUAAAAUGGAAACUGGAGAAGUUAUCCUGGCACCAAACACCACAAGAGGUAACCCUCAACCCCAAGAGAACGACUAUCUGCUGACGAUGAAAGAUGUCAUAGAAGCUGGGUUGCGAGCACGACUGGUUGUACUUAGCUGCUGUCACACUGCUCGUGGGGAGGUCAUGGCCGAGGGUGUGGUCGGCAUGGCGCGUGCACUUUUGGCUGCCGGUGCCAGAUCUGUUGUGGUAACCUUGUGGGCGAUCGGCGACGAGGGAACCCUGGAGUUCAUGAGUUUCUUCUACGAUGCACUUGCCAAAGGCAAGAAGGCCAGUGAAGCUCUCAAUCAGGCCAUGAAGUGUAUGAGAGAAAUUGAAAAGUUCAAGGAGGUUUGGCAGUGGGCACCAUUUGUACUCAUUGGUGACGACGUCAACCUGGAUUUCAAGGAGAUUUAG